AAUGCUUCGGCACAUCGCGCGCAACGUCGGCAAUGCUCGAGAAGCCUGUAGUGCACCGGACCGGAUAAUAGUAUUCGAACCAUUCGAACUCGCAUGUUUGAGAGACCCAAUGCGCUGCAAGCUUCUCCUCGCCCGCCGCUAGGCUCUACGCUGGCUAGAGUAGAAACCAUUGCCAACUGGACACUGCUGUGCUGCCAAGUGCUUACUUCGCGUCAUCCAACGCCCUCAACUCUGUGGACGCCUCAUGCAAGAAUCAAAUAUAUAAGGAUGUGCUUUUCUUCGUCUGCAACACGGCGCGGCCGGCUGCGGCAAGGCCCGUAGGCCGAGGGCACUGCGCCGCGUCUGCAGCGCAAUGGUCGAGCUGGCGCUUUCGUAGCGCGUGCCGUGUUUCUAGUGCCACGAGCUAUUCGAGACGACAGAUGACGUUCCAGGUUUCCUUGCGCACAGGACGCAAGUUUAGGUGGCCACGGUCCUGGCUGUAGCUGUUCUGUCGUGGUAGUAAUGUCGGACUCGAAAGAGCGAAAAGCCAUGGAGCCGGCGUUGAGCGUGAACCAGGACAAGCUGCAGCACGCCCUGGCCGAUGCUCUGACGAGGAUAUUUGGACACAAAGCUUAUCGCAGCGGCCUGCAGAAGAAGGCGAUCGAAGCGGUGGCGCAGUGCGGCCAAGAUGUUUUCGUGUCCAUGCCGACCGGAGCUGGCAAGUCGCUGUGCUUUCAACUACCCGCCGUAGUGACCCCGAAGGACAGCGUUACCGUGGUGGUGUCACCGCUUAUCGCGCUCAUGACUGACCAGCUGCAGAAACUCAAGUCCCUGCACGUCCGUGCCGAGACCAUCAACUCUACCAUGAGCUCUCUGGAACGGCAGCGUGUUAGGCGAGACCUGAUGAGCAUGAGCCCGGAGACCCGGCUGCUGUACGUGACGCCAGAGCAAGUGGCCAGCGAAAAGUUUCAGGCUGUCCUCAGCGCGCUUUACAAGAUCGAUAAGCUGGCUCGUUUUGUGGUCGAUGAGGCGCACUGCGUCUCCGAGUGGGGUCACGAUUUCAGGCCGGAUUACCUCAAGCUCGGCAAAGUGCGCGACAUGUUUCCCGACGUUCCCAUGGUCGCCCUCACUGCCACCGCCUCUGCCAAGGUAUUCGACGAUAUUCUGGUACAGUUGAGGCUAAGGCAGCCUGUGGCGAUAUUUAAGACUUCUAGCUUCCGAUCUAACCUUUACUACGAUGUCGAGUUCAAGGAGGCUCUUGACGAGCCCUUUGAGAACUUGAAGAACUUCUCGAUCCGUGCGCUUGGCAAAGGUUGGGAGGAAGAGGACCCAAAAAAGAGGGGAAGUGGCAUAGUGUACUGCAGAACUCGGGACGCCUGUGAGGAAGUCAGCAUGAAGCUGACGUCCCUUGGCCUGCUCACGAAACCAUAUCACGGAGGUAUGAAGGCCGCAGAACGAAAAGAGAACCAGGACGAAUGGACCAAAGGGCAAGUGCCCAUAAUUGCCGCCACAGUAAGCUUUGGAAUGGGUGUUGACCGUGCCAUGGUUAGGUUUGUAGCGCACUGGUCAGUUCCACAGUCUAUUCCGGCUUACUACCAGGAAUCUGGCAGGGCUGGUCGUGAUGGAAGGCCGUCUUACUGCCGAAUUUAUUACUCCAGGAAGGACAGAAAAUCUAUAACCUACCUCCUGAAAAGAGACGAACAAGGGGCGAAAACAAAAAGGGCCAAGACUGUCGCAGAGAUGGCCACCAAAGCAUUUGAGAAGAUGGCCAGCUACUGCGAAGGGAUGACUUGUCGCCACAAAGUGCUUUGCAGUGAAUUCGGAGAUGAUCUGAAAGGCUGUGAAAAAAACUGUGAUGCUUGUACGAAGCCAAAACAGCUAGAAGGUAGGCUUUCAUCAUUCCAGGCUACUCUGCUCACUGGAACGAUUAAGAAGGAAAGCAACAAUGGUUUCGAUAAUGAACUUUAUGGCGGUGGAAGGCAUGGUCAGAAAAUGGACAGCGAGUAUUAUGAUGUUGACAGCGGGAGUGAUGGUGAAAGCAAUAGCAAAGCAGCCGCUGCUCUUUCACAAGUAAUUCAAGAUGAAUUUGAGAAGCGUCGUGGAUCAAAGUCUGAGCAGCCAAAGAAGAGAACUAUUCCCAAAAACUGCUCUGUUCUAGAGCCCAAAUGCUCAGCCAUUAAAGAAGUUUCUGUCGAGAUGCGACAAGAUUACUUAACGAAGUUGAAAGGGGAGAUGGAGAUGAAUUUCGCUGCGUACGAAACCUUCAACGACGAGCCACAGCUGACCCCUCGAGAGAUCAGAAACUGUGCCGCCGAGCACGAACUCCACAUAUUCAAAACAAAGAAAAAUGUGCACCUGUACAGGAAGGAGCUGGUGGACUUGUUUGUAGCACUAAGGGAAGCUACUCGUGCAGUCAAGCUUCACGACCUUCUUUUGAAGUGUAAAGAACCCAAGGAUGCAGCCAAAGAGAAGGCAAAGCCACCUGAGAGGUUGCACACCUUAUUGGAUUUCCUUUCAAAGGCCGAGCUUGAGAAGCCCUCACCACCUGAGCCAAGCAAGCAAGACAGCAGUACUAACAGGGCCCUGGUGCAGGAUGUUGAGAAGGCUGCUGCUGACAACUUGAAAUCAGUGGACAUGGAAUGUUCGGAUGAUUCAUUGCACAGUGAAAGCAGUGGUUUCCAUGCUUCAAAGCUGGCCAAGCAGGCCCAAACAAGUUCUCCGGUCAGCAAAGGAUCCAGCGGUGCUGCUUCACGCACACCAACCCCUCCAUACAUGAGUUCUAGCCCAAAGCAAGAGUACGAGGGGGCGUCGGCUUCGAAGAUCCGAUAUUUUUUCGAAAGCUCUCCCAUAAAAAAGAAGAGGAAAUUAGACUUUGGCAAGGCAGAGGAUUCUCCUCGUCGCAAAAAAACCAAUUCUGACCCUGCGCAGGAGAAUUCAGAAUCGCACGAUACAUCUGGGAACUCUGACGUUGCGAAGGAGUCGUCAAAACAUCAUGGCAAAAAACGUGGUGAAAGGGGCGAGGGAGCAAGCUUGGAAAAGUCGAAAGAGUCUAGUCCGAAGAAGCAAAACAUCAAAGAAGAGCUGAACCAAGCUGCACGAAACAUCAACAGGUGCCUCUACCCAAAGUACAAAGACAACAGGCUUUCAAAGGAUCUGUUCAAGAAGAUAUGCAAGCUGCUGUCGCACAAGUUGGUUGCUGAACAGACGCUGAGCAAGAGGGCCGCUGCAAAAGCAGUCGACAAGCUGUUUGAAGGCAAGGAUGUUGUGACUGAAAGCGACUUGGAUGAGCUGUGCCUCUAAGGACCGCUCAGCACAGUGCAGCUUGUGCUCCAGUCUGGCUCUCUAGUAACGCCAGUGGGAGCCCAAAUUUAAUGGUUGUUGCUGAUAUUGCAGUCUGUUUCUUUGAGAUCGAAUUACUAUUAUGCAAGAUCUGCUUUUGAUGGGGUUUAUCACCAUUCGAUCGUUGUGGAGAAUUUUUCUUUUUUUUCUAUUAUACAAAUAUGCAUUGAUCACUCACUUUUGAAGUAGGCUCGAUGCUGUACAGUUUUCCGCAUGUUCCUGAAAGCUAGAACUAUAUUAUGGCAUUAAAGGGGUGUUAUCGAAUAAGUAUAAUUGCUUCAGUUACAUGGUUCAAAUGGAGUGUUUGGAGAACUUUGGUUACAGCUUGCUGUUACUUGUUUGUUGAUCAUGCGGAGGACAUUGGUUUGAGUGUUAUUUUGUUAUUGAAACUUUUUCGUUUAAAAUGUGCUUCAUUGGUAUGAAUAUCAAAAUGACUAAGCUGGUGCAGGAAGGUUUGUAAUGCAAAUUAUUUCUUG